AUGGAGAGUGAAGUUGAAGAAGCCAGUGUUGUCCUGGCUGCUGCCCUGAACUGGAGGUCCUUUGGUAAUGCAGUCCAAGGGCAUCCGGACCUGUCUGCGGAGGUGACCCUUCCCUGGCACUACUGCCAGCAGAAAACACAACGUUUCAUCUACUGCUCUGACACUGGCUGGGCCCUGGGGGCCGAGGAGUCUGACUUUUAAGGUCGGGCCUUCCCCUUCCCGUCCAAGAUGGCACAGCUGAUGGACCACGAGCCCUGAAAGCUCUCACAGACUGGACAGAGGAAGCAGGACUACGGACCCAAAGUUAACUUUUGGUAACAGAAGCCAAGGACCGCUGGCCUCAGAGGCUUCCCCAGCUUCAGCCGGUAGGUGGUGUUGAGAACGGGUCCACCGGUCCCGGAGGACUUUCGGUGUGUGCAGUAGUGGACCCUGGACCACUGCCGCGAGGGGGACUCCGCCCCCGACCGCCUGGACGAUGCCUGGCUCGGGGGAAGCAGCAGGUGAGCCUCAACCUACCGUCCGCACCGUGCAGUCCACGUCGCGUUAGCAAAGUCAGGCGGCUGCUCCGUCUAAACCCCGUCUGGCUUCCCCGAGGCCUUGGUGGAAGGUGUGACGGCCCCAGGCUCUGUCCUAGGCCAAGAGGUGGAGGCGGCCUUCCGCUCACCCCGCCGCUCUCUGCUGAGCUCCGCAGAGCCGCGUGGACCCGGGGCAGCGCGCCCUCCCCCGCGGUCACACGGGGCCGCCGCGCGUGCGCCACCUUCAGGAAGCUGUGGGCGAGUCAGUCCUGCCGGGAGGCCGCUAGGCCCGGGCGGCCGCUAG